CAUAAACAUACAUAGAUGCCAGCGAGUCUGGCUCGCGCAGACGCGCCAGUGAUAUACCUAGUGUAUUUUAUUCUUCUGAUUUCGCAAAAUGGCGGAUGGAGGCGUGGAUAUAGAUUUGUAUGCUGAUGAUAUCGAGGCAGAUUUUAAUCGUCAGGACGAGUUCGGCGGUGAAAAUGUGGAUUUAUAUGACGACGUGAUCGCCGCGCCACCCAACAAACCGGACGAUGUGGAUGGACCCCCAAACGCGGCACCCCAGCACCAGCAUCCACCGGAGGAGACCAACGGGAGCGUGAAUUAUCACAACAACGCAUCAAACCACGGCCAUCAUGGCCGCCGUUUUCAGCUAUACGUCGGCAACCUAACUUGGUGGGCGACGGACCAAGACAUUGCUAACGCCAUCGCAGACAUUGGCGUUACUGAUUUUCAAGACGUGAAGUUCUUCGAGAAUAGGGCGAAUGGACAGUCGAAGGGGUUCUGCGUCAUAUCCCUCGGCUCUGACCAGUCCAUUCGGAUGGUAAUGGACAGACUGCCCAAGAAAGAGAUACACGGACAACAUCCCGCCGUCACUUUACCCACUAAACAGGCUUUGAACCAGUUUGAGAGUCAGUCUAAGACUAGAUCGACACCACCUGGACCUAACAACCCAGGUAUGAGAGGACCACAUCCGGGCGGCCCGCCCGGUCCACACCCAGGAGAUUUCUUCGGCGGUGGUCCAAACGGGCCGGGCCCCAACGGGCCACGCAUGAUAAUGCCGGGUGGGGCGCCACACCACCAGCUGCGCGGGCCGGCGGGCGGGGCCCACGGGCCGCACGGACCGCACGGGCCUCCGCACGGCCCGCCCCAUCAUCUCCCGCAGCACCAGGGACCACCACCACAUCAUAUGCAGCAUCAAGGACCACCACCACAUCAAGGCCCUCCACCCAGGGGACCACCUAUGCAGUUCCAAGGCCCACCCCAGCUACAACGCGGGCCCGGUGGUCCCGGAGGACCAGGUGGUCCUGGUGGUCGCCCAGGCCCGGACUGGGGACCUCGCGGGCCGCCCCAGCAGUUGCCCCCGCACCCACAACCACAGUACGGCCCCCCACAACAUCAGAUGCCACAUCAAAUGCCACCACCCCACCCGGGUGGUGCGGGUGGUUUGCCUCCUGGCCACGCAGGCCUGGCAGGCGUGCCCCGGGGCCCUGCGCCCCUGCCCCAUCAUCCAGGUAUGCCCCCCUACCCAGGAGUGGGCGGCGGUGCCCCAGCCCCGCACGUGAACCCCGCCUUCUUCGCACAACAACCCCCCGUGCAACCACAGCCCGCGGUACAGCCCCCGCCACAGCCUGGACCGCCUGGUCCAGGAGCACCGUACGGUCACCCAGCUCAUGGAGCUCCACCACCGGCGCAAGGCCCACCGCCGGCUGCAAGACAGCCCUACGGAAGACCACCACAGAACUACCCGGGCGCAGGCGAGGCAGGGCGCGGCGCGCACCACGGGCCCGGCAUGGGCGCCGCGCACCCCGCGCACGCGCCUCACGCCCCUCACGCCCCGCACGCGCCUCACGCUCCUCACGCGGCGCAUCCCCCGCACGCCCCACACGCUGGUAUCAGUGAGGCAGAGUUUGAAGAAGUCAUGUCUCGCAACCGUACAGUCUCCUCUAGCGCCAUCGCGCGCGCUGUCAGCGACGCUGCGGCCGGAGAAUACGCAUCCGCUAUUGAGACUCUCGUCACCGCUAUAUCUCUUAUCAAACAGAGCAAGGUUGCCCACGACGAUCGGUGCAAGAUCCUAAUAUCAUCAUUGCAAGAUACGCUGCAUGGCGUUGAAACUAAGUCAUAUGGUAGUGGGGAGAGGUCGCGGCGGUCCAGGUCGCGUGACCGCGAUGCGCGUGCGCAUCACCGUACCCCGAGACGACGAGAGAGAUCUGCCAGCAGAUACCGCGAUCGCAGCAGGGAUCGAGAGGAUCGCGACAGGUACAGGGAACGGUCGAGGGAACGUGAUCGUGAACGUGACCGCGAUGCGUAUUACAGGGAUUACCGUGAGCGUGAACGCGACAGGUCUAGGUCUAGGGAAAGGGAACGUGCCGACCAUUAUAACAGAGGCCACAGUCGGGAAGAGAGUUCUACCACCAGGCCGCGCAAGUCACCAGUAGAGCCGGCAGCGGAGAGCGGCGCGGGAGACGCGUCGGGGGCCAAGAGUCGGGCGGCCGGCGCGCCCUACUACGACGAGCGAUACCGCGAGCGCCGCGAGAGGGAGCCACCGCCGGCAGACCGUGAGCGUGAACGCGAGCAUCGCCGCGACGCGCGCCACUAGCAGGAACUGCCCUGCCCCUAAC